AUCAACCGCUAUAUAUACCCCCUUCGUCCCUCAGGUUUCAUCAUCGUGUCAGAACAAGUCUCAAUCUGCCUCUCCUUUCAUUGAUCAUCAAAGUUUGUUGGGUUUUAUUCCGAUUAAGGGGAGAGAAGAAAAUGUCGAUCUCGCCGAAUUCACCAUGGAGAGGAUGUGCAGCAAACUUCCCUCAACCUGUCAAUGAACAAGACGAGCUCGCAGCCCAAUUUUUGGUAGAAACUGUUUACUACUUUAAUUGCCGUGUUGCGGAUCACACUCUGCCUGACAUCGAGUACAGAAGCAGCGGCAGAGAAGAGGACAUCGUCCACCCUGUCUUUCGCUGGGAUGCUACCCCCUAUGAGCAGGUCUUUGAGAAUGGAUUCCAAGCAAGGCGUCAACAAGGCACUCGCGACGAGGUCUAUUACAAUCUGGAUCGCUACGUCCAUCAUGGCGGUAGGCCUCUUGAUUCCAGGCGGCCGGCCAACUAUGCCUUCGUUAGCACCACGAUUAGCAGCACUUGGCAUCCUACCCUUCCGAACAAUAGGAGAGAGAUGGAAGUAUAUCGAUACGAGAUAUAUGCUCCCGGUGGCAUUUGGGUUGCUGAGACUCUUGGUGCUCGUUAUGGACACCGUUCCCAAGAGGAGGUCACCUUUGUCGCCGGCAUCGCCCCACAAUACAUUCGGUCUGCCCAACACUUCAGGCUUACCCGUGACGGGAGUUUUACAGAAUGGGCGAGAGUAGAAAACGUAAUAAGAGUGAAUCGGAACUUCAAUCCACAAUUGCAUCCAUCGCGACGGUUGCUCAACAUUCAGAGUCCAGUAUUUGAUUACUUAUAUGAAAAUGAUAUCAGAGCGAAUCUAAUCAUUAGGUAUUACCCACCUCAGGCUCAGCGAGAGAAACGACAAGUGUCCGCCGACUCUGACUCCACCGAUUGGUAUGCUCGCGACGUGGCCAACUUUGAGAGCUACAUAAAUGCUGCAUUCCGUUCGUCUCGUAAAAAUGAAGCCUAUCUGUUCAUGAAGAACGAGUAUGUGCUGCUGGACUACGCACCAGGCUCGACAGACGACAGGGUGGUGAAUGGACCGCAUCUUAUCUGCGAUGGGUAUCCAUCCCUCACGGACACAGCCUUUGCAGAAUAUGGAAUAGACUGUGCUUUUGGUGGGUCUGGGUCUCAAGCGUUCAUCUUCUCUGCAAAUCACUGUGCAGAGAUAGACUACGCACCACACACCACAAAUGACAAGAUAAUCAAAGGCCCGAUGACCAUCGCUGCGAUGUUCCCCUUCUUCAAAAAGACGGUGUUCGAAAGCGGCGUCGACGCCGCGUUUGAGUCCACGAAAACUAAUGAAGCUUACCUCUUCAAAGGCAACCAGUAUGCUCUCAUAAACUACGGUUCUGAUUCCCACCUCAUCGCCAUCCGCCUCAUCACUGAAGGCUUUCCUAGUUUGAAAGACACCGACUUUAAAAGUGGAAUCGAAGCAGCGUUUGCUUCGCACAUGACUGAUGAGGCGUAUCUAUUCAAAGGAGAUUCCUACGCACUCAUCAACUUUGCUCCCGGCACCACAGAUGACAAAAUCAUUGGUGGCGUGAAGAAAAUCCUUCCCAAUUGGCCCUCUUUACGUAGCAUCUUGCCUCGCAAAAAUCGUGGUCUUGAUCUUCAUCAUCACACUAAACCUGUUCCCGACCGCGACCAUGAUGAACUUUAAAGAGCCAGUCCCUAAGUAUAUGUAUGCAUGGUAUGCUUUGAAUAAGAGUUUGGCUUGCAUGGUAUGCUUUGAAUGAGAGUUUGGCUUGGUUUGGUGGUUUACAUAUAGUUUGUCUUUCCCUGGAAUAGUAAGGGUGUAAUGGGGAUUUGGGGUAUCUUAUAUUCUCCUCCUCGAGCCACCUUAUCCUCUAGUUAGCAGCUUAGGCUACAGGUGCUUUGUAUCAUUUUAUGUUUGGAUGAAUGUUAUGUUCACUGUUGCCA